ACGUUGUUUCUCCCUGGUCUUCUGUGGUUUCUGAUCUCCAGAGAGAGAGAGAGAGAGAGUUGAAUAACACAUCUCUUAUUCUUUAGAACCGCUUUAUCUGAAAAUCUGGUUUUCAGAAAGUCGUCUGCUUCUGUGUGAAAGAGAGAGAGAGAGAUUAGGGGGAGCACAAAUUUAAUACCUUUAUCUUUUGUUUGUUUGUAUUCAAUUCAAUUCAAUUCAAUUCCUUCUUUUCCUCUCUCUCUUUUCCUGCAUCUUCCAGUCGAGCUCCCUCCACUAUCCAUAACCGACUCUCCCUUCCUCUCACAAUUUAAUUGCUCAGAUCUCAAUCUUGCUGGGUAAUGAAGGAGAGGAAAUGGUCAUCGGAGGAAAAAGUGGGUGGUGGUUUAAUCAUUAAUGCACGGGGCUUUCAGGAACUCUUGAAGUAGGAGAAGAUCAAGAGCAAAAAACCAAGCUUUAGGGACUCCUUCCAUGGCUUCAAAUAUUAAGGCCACCAGUCACCAGACCCAAGUACAACGACUACAACACCACCAUAGGCAACAACAUCAACCGCAGCAUCAGCAUCAAACACAAGAUCAUCAUCAGUUUCCUUAUGGGAUGAUGCAACCAUCUUCAUCAUCCUCCUUUCCUGAAAACUUCAUAAGCAAAGAUUCCGGAGCUUAUGAUUUAGGAGAAUUGGAUCAAGCCCUUUUUCUUUACCUGGAUGAACAAGACCCCUCUACUCUCCAAGACCAAAGACGAUUUAUUUCUGCAGAGAACCAAGGAAUGAGGCCUCCAACUCUGAACAUUUUUCCAUCUCAGCCUAUGCACGUAGAGCCACCAUCAACAAAAGCAAGUACGGGGUUGGUUUCUCCAGCAACGAGUGGUUCCAAGAGACCAUCGGGACCGUUGAUGGAGUUGGCCAACGCACGCAAUGACGCUCCCUCGGGGCAUGAACCUGCCAAAGCGAUGAAGCUGCGUGGAGGUAGCCGCAAAGGUCCAACAUCAAGUUCAGAGCAGGAAGGACCCAAAACACCAGAUCCAAAGACUCUGAGAAGACUUGCUCAAAAUAGAGAGGCGGCUAGGAAAAGCAGGCUUAGAAAAAAGGCCUAUGUUCAGCAGUUAGAAUCAAGUAGGAUUAAGCUCACUCAGCUAGAACAAGAACUACAACGAGCUAGGGCUCAAGGCAUAUUUUUUGGUGGAGAAUCUCUUUUAGGCGGAGAGCAGGGAUUUCCACUUGCUGUUAGCAACAUUAGCUCAGAUGCUGCUGUCUUUGACAUGGAGUAUGCUAGGUGGCUCGAGGAACAUCAUCGAAUCACGUGUGAGCUCCGAGCUGCAGUACAGGAGCAUUUGCCAGAGAAUGACCUUCGGCUCUUUGUCGACAAUUUCUUAGCACAUUUUGACGAGGCAAUGAACCUCAAAAGCAUGGUUGCCAAAACCGACGUAUUCCAUCUUGUCUCCGGCAUGUGGAAGACUCCGGCGGAACGAUGCUUUCUAUGGAUCGGUGGAUUCAAGCCAUCUGAGCUCAUCAAGAUUAUAUUGAAUCAAAUUGAGCCAUUAACGGAGCAACAAAUAAUGGGUAUAUGUGCGCUGCAACAAUCUACACAGGAGGCUGAAGAUGCUCUAUCUCAAGGGCUUCAAGCUCUCAACCAGUCACUCGUAGAUACCAUAACCUCCGACUCAUUGAGUAGCCCUCCCAACAUGGCAAACUACAUGGGUCAGAUGGCUCUAGCCAUGAACAAGCUCUCAACUGUUGAAGGCUUUGUUAGACAGGCGGACAAUCUGAGGCACCAGACCAUUCAUCGGCUGCAUCAAUUUCUGACAACACGUCAAGCUGCAAGGUGUUUUCUGGCAAUUGCGGAGUACUUCCAUCGUCUCCGAGCUCUUAGCUCCCUCUGGCUAGCACGCCCUCGACAGGAAUGAUGGAUAGAAAGAAAAGGAAAAAAAAAAAGAACCCUAGACCCACAUCAUAUCUUUAUCAUAUCUAGCUAGCUCCCUUAAUAGUACUCUUAAUGCAGCUUUCUUUUGUCUCCAUUUUCCCCUUAUAUAGAGAUGUAUAGAACCAAUAUUAUACAUAGACAAUUUUAAAUCUGAAGCAGUAGAAUUCUCUCU